AUGGAACUGAUUAUUGAUAGAGGACAAGAAGAAGCGCCGACAAAGUCCUACCUUUCGGCCUACGAUGAAAGUUGCUAUCUAUGUCCCGGAAACAAACGCGCGCAAGGCGAUCGAAACCCGCAGUACGACAAGGUCUUUGUGUUUGUCAACGACUACAGUGCCGUCAAGGAGAGCCAGGCAGACUAUGAACCCGAUGAAAAAUCGUCCCUAUCUGCACGAUUCCUCCAAGCUCAACCGGUCAAGGGCAGAUGCUAUGUCUUGACCUUUUCCGCCAAACACAACCUUACGCUUGCAGACCUCUCGCCGCAAGAGAUUGUCCCUAUAAUCAAUGUCUGGGCCGACAUAUACGCGCUGCACGUCUCGCCAAAAUCGAGCCUAUGUACGGCGUAUCCCGCGACUAGCGUUCCCGAGAACUCUCCAGCUCGGCAAAUAUCGAACCCAAUGGAACAAUAUCGCUAUAUGCAAAUAUUCGAGAACAAGGGGGCAACGAUGGGGUGUUCGAAUCCCCAUCCACACGGCCAAAUUUGGACAACAAGCUCCUUGCCUGAAGAGCCGUCAAAGGAGCUUUCGCAGAUGAUGAAAUACUGCAAGGAUCAUAAUGGUAGUCAUAUGCUCGAAGACUAUGCUACCUUGGAGCUGGAAAAGAAGGAGAGAAUCGUGUUUGAAAACGACACUUUCCUAGUCCUGUGUCCCUGGUGGGCUGUCUGGCCGUUUGAGACGAUGAUAACUAGCAAACGGCACAAAAGAGCACUGGUGGACCUGACACAGGAAGAGAAGGAGGACCUGGCUGGGGCAAUGGCAGAAUUAACUCGUCGAUAUGAUAACCUCUUCCAAACCAAUUUCCCAUAUAGCAUGGGCAUUCACCAGGCCCCCCUAGACGGAUCAGACGAAGAGAUGGCAUGCUCAUACCUCCACCUCCAUUUCUACCCGCCGCUAUUGAGGAGCGCUACCGUGAAGAAGUUCUUAGUUGGGUAUGAGCUGCUCGCAGAACCACAGCGUGACAUAACUCCGGAGCAGGCUGCAGCAAGGCUAAGGAGCUGCGGAGGAGAGCUAUAUAGAAAGCAGCUGUAG